AUUGUAUUUAACGGUGACAUCCGUCAUAAAAAUGGCUGCUCUCAGAGUGUUUAGUCGUAAUGUACCAUAUUUACGACAACAAUUUUCAGCGUUAUUAGGAAACACAUCGCCUUCCGUAAAGUUUAUUUGUGUAGUUGUUAUCAUUGGUUAUAUUUUAUCAUAUUCUGAUGACGUUGUGGACGUUCUUAGUGUUACUCCAGGAUAUUUAUUGCCACCUUCAUUUCAAUUGUGGUCCACUUUCACGUUCUGGUUUCUUGAGAUACAUUUGUGGGAGGUGAUUAUUGACAUAGUGACUGUUGGAUUGUGUGGGAAAUUAAUAGAGCCAUUAUGGGGUCAGAUGGAGAUGAUGAAGUUUUUUUUCUUCACGAACACAGGCGUUGCAUUCUUAACAACAUUCUAUUAUCUUGUGAUAUUUUCUUGGACUCAAGACACCGCACUUCUGUUCGAUAUUCAUGUGCACGGCCUCGCCGGUUAUUUGGCGGGUGUGAGUGUAGCCGUGAAACAGAUUAUGCCAGAUCAUCUCCUUAUUAAAACACCAUUGGGUAAAUUAACGAAUAGGUCACUGCCGCUAUUGAUUCUCAUAGCGGCAAUAAUUCUAUGGGCCGUUGAUGCUCUAGAGGGAACAUAUCCUUGUAUGUGGGGAAGUGGCACCCUCCUGUCAUGGAUUUAUCUUAGAUUUUGGCAACGGCACAGCAGCGGCACUCGGGGAGAUAUGGCCGAUAAUUUCAGCUUCGAUAAUUUCUUCCCAACGGUUAUGCAACCCGUGAUGCGAGGUAUACUGAAUCCGAUCCAUCGUUGUCUGGUGCGUGUUGGAGUGUGUAACGCGUCGCCGCGACGAGUUCAGCUAGCCUUGAGUCCCCGAGGCCUGACAAUAUCUAUGCCGGGAGUCGAACCGCAAGAUAUGGAACGGAGGAGGCAAAUAGCGCUUAAAGCUUUAAGCGAGAGACUAUCCAAAACUUCGGAGCAGACACGACAGAAGAAUCUAUCUAUGAAAGUCAACAUGGAGGCCGUCAGGAAGUCGCAGACGCCGCAAGUGAUCCCUUCGUUCCCAAGUGAGCCUCCCCUACCACCGACCUCUCCACCAGAAACUACCCUCAUCGACAUCACAACCGACACCCCUACUACUAAAACAUCAUGAUAAGUGGAUUACUUCAGUCGGGAGAUCUGGUUUUAUAUUAUAUUGUUUAUACUUUUUUACUGAUCUGUUUAAAAUCAGUAACGGACUGAGAGUUUCAACAUUUUCUUUGUAAUUAUCCUGGGAGUCGAGAUUGAAAGACGUUCAUGUGUGUCCUUAUGUUCAAUUGUGAUGUAAUUCGAUUUUGAUUGUUGUGAGAGUGAAUAAAGUAAUUGCAUUACCAUACUUUUGAAGAAUCGUCCAAAUAAUUCCAUUGUAAUUUUUAAUCUAUAUAUCUAUGUAUAGUGUCUGAUUCUAAAUUAGCUCAACAUGAGAAUAAUGAACCCUGUCAAAUACAAUUCUAAAUGUUUUGUGAAGACAAAAUAUCUGCUUUUUUUUAAUGGAUCUCUUCUCCAAUCUUCCCGUGUUCUUAAAUUUUUAUAAAGUACUUAACGGAAAAGUUAAAAUUAUUGUAUAUAUUUAUUUUUCCAACAGAACUAAGGCAUUGAUUUUUGUUAUUCAAAUGCAUGAGAAACAGUAUUUAAAAAAAGAAAUUUUGUCGAAUUGUCUUUGGGAAUAAAUGACAAGCAUUUGUGAUGUUUCAACGGAAUGCUUUGAUGUAAUUUAUCUUAUAUUCGGACUGAUAGACUGAGGUGUGGUGUGCAUAAAAAAAUUAUUAUGUUCUCAUGUAUAUGGAAAUCAUUAAUUAUUCAAUUAUCUCGUCGAAGAUAACUCCCAAACAUUGUACAGCGUCAAUAUAUGUUGAUUCAUUUUAACAAAUCUUCCGAACUUAAAUAAUAUGCGACCAGAUUUCGUCUGCCUCCGUGUUGAUUGUUUUAUAUAAUGCAAUUAUUAAAACAGUCGGUUAUUUUCAAAGGUUAAGUUUUGUAUUUAAUAUGUAUGUAUGUUUUUGAUUACGGUUACGUAUUGUUAUGUGAGUGAAUGUCCUGUAAAUAAUAAUUACUAUAUAGUGUUAAUAAAUAAUACACCAUCAGUAA